UGAAAACGGUGAUUGUCCUUUCCCCUGUUCCAUCCUCUCAAAAACUCCCCUGCUCUCGUUCUCCUCUUCUCGAAUUCCUCGACCCACUCAUUUCCUUCCUCUUUCUUCCUCCAAAAUCUCAGCAGUCCUAUUGAUUCUCUGACCUUUUAUUAUUAUUUUUAUCCUACCUAUAGCGCUCUCUCUCCCUCCCUCUCUCUCUCUCUCUCUCUCUCUCUCUAGUACUUGCUCUGUUUGUUAUACUGCAAAGAUUCAUACUCUUCUCAGCUAAACGCAUCCAUGUCUUUGUUUACCUUAUUUUGACAUUACUUUCAGGUAAUUCAAGAAUACCCCAUUUUUUUGCUGCCCAUUUCUCACUCUCAAUUGCCCAGUUUCAUUGCAACUCCAGCAAACAGAGGUUCCCUCUGUUUUCCCCCUUAAAAGUCGUACUUUUUUCAGCAGUGCUUGCUCAUUCGAUUGAAUUGCUCUUCGAAGAGAGAUUGUGUUGAAUAAUUGGGUAGCUAGCUUUCGUGAGCUAGUUUUUUGGUGGGUGGGAGUUUCGAGAUGGCGUAUAAGGUUCUGCAGGGGUUUUACAAGGGUUUAAGAUUGGCGAGCUUUCUUUUUUGUUAACUCUAAAUCUUGGAAUUCAACAUGGGUUUCAAAAAAUAUUGAACCCGGCGAUCUCGAGUAACCAUUUCGGCUCCUGGGUAUAAGCAAUUCGAUCCAGCUUCCAUAGAAUUCUCAAAUUCUUCAAAAUGUCAAUCCUCGCCGGCGGAGGCCGAACCUAUGGUUUCGAAAUCGACCUAAUAAUACCCUCCUCCUCCUACCUCCUCCUCCUCCCGCUCUGUCCUCCUCCAUCCUCCCUCUUCCACAUCUCUGAAUCUUCGAACUCCCCCCUCACAAUAUCCACCAAAAGACCUCGAGCCCCUCGAAAGAGACCGAACCAAUCCUACACUGAAGCCGCAGCCCUCCUCUCCACAAUCUACCCCAACCUUUUCUCCUUCAAAAGCCUCCACAAGCUCUCUAAACACUAUAAACCACCUCCUUUCCCGGUCCUCAACGAAUGCGGGUUUCUGAUUGAAAACCCGUCCCCGAUCCCCCAACUCCCUAUUCAUUUCGGAUCCAAACGCGCUAGCCCGAGUAGCGAGAAGUCCUGCACUGAGUAUCAGGGCCAGGGCUCGCCCGAAUGCUCGGAUUAUGAUGUGGAGUCCAUUCUCGAUGAGGAGGUCGAAGAGGGGAUUGAUAGCAUUAUGGGGAAUUUGAGUAUGGAGAAUUGUGAGCCUCAGUCUAGCGCUCAUGAGUUCAGGAAUGAACUCGGGUUUGGCUUUUGGAGAGAAAAUAUCCGACAGGCGAUCCGGGGGUGCCACGCAGGAGACUGGUGGAGGCCGAUGGCUGCAGUGCCGGUGGGCGAUAUAAUUCCCAAGCUCAAAGCUUUGCCUGCGGCGGAGAAGAAGAAGACCAAGAAGAAGAAGAAGAAGAAGAAGAAAAUUGAGGACAUAAGGGAUGAGGCUGAAGUGAUUUCAGAAAAAACAAAAGAUGUUGCUGGUUCAGUAGAUGUAGUAGAGCUGAAGAGUGGCUUUCUUAAACUGAAUCAUGAAGAUGUGGUUAAGGCUUGGUCAGAUCGUGAUUUUCCAAUCUCCACUGAAUCUGGAGCUGCUGAAUCCUCGGCUGAUGUCCUGGCCAGGCUAGCAGAUAUUGAUCUGUUACCAGAGAAUGAAGGUGGAGUAAGAGAAGCAAGUGUUCAGAGAUACAAAGAGAAGCGAAGGAACCGACUCUUCUCUAAAAAGAUCCGAUACCAGGUUCGGAAGAUGAAUGCUGAUCACAGGCCACGAAUGAAGGGUAGAUUUGUCAAAAGGCCUGAUCUACUUCAGGAGGCAAUUGAGGAAGAAAGCCAAUGAAAAUGGAUUCUGUAAAUUUUAGGCAUCCAAAAUGGAUUCUAUAAAUUUUAGGCAUGUUUGGAUGUCAGAACAAGUUUUGGUGGAAGAAAAGAAAUCUUUCAAAUUUUGCAAGAAUCAUUCUCAGUUUUUUUUAUUUUAAUUUUAAUUUUUAUUUUAGGAAAAAGCACCAAAUUUGGCUGACAUUGUUGAAGAAGAAGAGAGAUAAGUUAAUAAUUUGUGGGAAAGAAAAUGCUUAAAAUUAAUGACUUUGCAAAUUCUAUUACAGCCAGUAAAUCUAAUAUAUAAGCAUUUGUAAGGUCGAAGGUGAGGUGAUCAUCAAAGGCUAUAUUAGGAACUUAUAUCCUUGUGAUUCACU